UGGCAGCCAUAUUGGGAUGGUUAAACAUAAAACACUUGUCAAGUACAUUUGCAGAAAAGAAAAAUAAAAAAACAAUAUAGGUGUAUAUAUAUAUAUAACUCUAUAUAAUACACACACAUAAAAAUAAAAAAUAAAAAAAUAGAAAAAAGAGAUUGUCACCACCAGCUGCAGUGCAACGAUCGAUCAUUUCAUCGUCUGUCAGUUGAACCUAAAUUGUCAUUAUUAUUAACAAUGUUCUUGUGAAUUUAAAUAAUUAUUUAUAAAUAAUAAUCAAGUGUCACAAGUAUAGUGACAAUUAUUAAUAAUGAUAAAACAAAAUUACAAAUUUAAUCUACAUUUAUCAGGCAUAUCAUCAACUUGAGUUUAAUUUUAUCAAGUGCUAAAAUAAUCAUAAUUAUUACUAUGUUAUAUAAAAAAAAUAUUUAAAAAAUGUUGUUGAACUCAAUUAUCAGCAUAAUACUAGAAAAAAAAAACUCAUCAAAUUCCAAAUGACUCAUCCAAAUUGAUUGUGUUGAAGAUAUAAAAUACAGUAAACAUUGUAGCGAGAAAAAAAAAAAGGAAAUAAAAACAUAGAAAAAAAUUCAAUAGAAAAAUUAAAUAUAGUAAAAUAAAAUCAUCAUGCCAGCACCACCACUAUCAAUACCAAGACCUCCAAAAAUUCAAGAUUCACAAGAAGUAAAAAAAUCAAAUAAAAAUAAUAAUAAAAUUGAUGAUAAUGAUAAAAAUGUUGUUACUGAAAGUGAAAAUUUGCCACCCUGGGCUAAAAUAACAUUAACAUCAGCUGAAGCUGAAGUUGAAAAAUUAAUUGUUAGAAAUGAAUUAAAAGAUGCUGAAGUUAUGUAUUUUUGUCAAGUUGAGCCAAUACUUCAAGAUGGUCCACAAUGUGGACUUGUUGCGUUAGCAAUGGCAUCACAAGAAUAUACAAAACCAGUAUCAGUAAGUCAAUUGUUAGCUGAAGCAAGAGUACGUGGUUUUACACAACAUGGUGAGGUAUAUUCAGUUGAUUUUAUGGGUACACUUGCUGCUGAAUAUUUACCAGAUCAUAGACCAGAAAUACUUGUUGAUUUACAAACAUGUCCAGAUGCAUUGACUCAUGCAUUGGCACAUGGUGCUAUGAUACUUAUUCCAUAUGAUUCUGAUUUUAAUCAUUCACCAUGUUUGAAAAAAGGACACAAAGCACAUUGGGCAUUACUUGUUGGUCUUAUUGCAUCAAGACAAGGCUACUAUGUACUUGCAAGACAUGGUAAAUCACGACAUUUGGCAUGUUGGCCAUUACGUGAUUUAAUUGAAAGUAAUGGUAAUUUAGAAGAAGAAGGAACAGCAAGACAUGCUGGUGGUUAUGUUAUUCCAAAAGGUGGUGUUGGGGGCCAAAGAGGUUUACGUUCACGUGCUCUAUCUUUACAUCCAUAUAUUUGAAAUAAAUAAUAGGUAUUAUAAUUAUUAUUAUUUUAUUACUAUUAUUAUUUUAUUAUUAUAUGAAUUUUAUUUUUUAAAUAACAAUUACCUGAGAAAUCAUGUGUCGUCUGGUCCACGUAUUGAUAAAAUAAUCAUUAUAAUUAUUAAUCCUUUUGAUGCUUAUAUUUAAAUAAUAUAUAUGAUAGAUUAAUUAUUGAUAUUUGUGCUUUUAUUAUCAAUUCUAUAAGCUUUGAUAAUAUUAUUCGAUAAAUAUGCUAUUUAUAUUUUUAAAUGUUGAAUCAAUUGUCUUUUCUUUUUUGGGGGGUUUAAUUAUUUUUCAUCAAUUUGCAUUGUGAAAAUGGAUUCAUGAAGCCACAAUUAUUAACUGUGAUAUGUGGAUAAUUGAAAAUUCAUUUUGAGAAAAGUAAAAGGAAAAUUAGAAUUUUAUAAUUCAAACCAAUUGAUAUUUAAAUUUUUUUUUAUAAUCGUUAUAUUUGUUUGACAUUAUUAUAAUUGUUUUACCAAAGUCGUUCAUUUAUUUAAAAAUAAUUAAUGAUUUUUGUUUUUCUUUUUUUUUUUAAAUGAAAUAUAUAUUUUAGUUUAAGUUUAUUGAUUUUCUAUGAAAUUGAUUUUGUUUACUUUGAAUUGAAUGAUAUAUUGAGUUGUUAUCAUAAAUUGUAUAACAGAAAUAAUUAUUAUUUAUCUAACUCUCAUUUAAUGAUCAAAAAAAAACAAAAAAAAGCCAAAGUAAAAAAUUUACUUUUAAAAAGAAAUUUAAUAAAUUAAUAGUUAAAAAAAAAAUCGAACAAAGAGAUAAAUAUUUAUGGAUCUUCAUAAUUGUAAUUAAACAAAAAAAAAUAUUUAAAAUAUGUAAGUAUAUUAAGUAUAAAUGAAGUAUGAAAAAGGAAAAAUUGUUUUUUUUUUCUUUUCUAAAUAAAAUUUUAAAUUUUCUGCUUCUUUGUCCAUUGGCUGUAAAAUUUAACUAAAACACAUUUAAUAAUCAAAAAUUAAAUAAUUGAUGUUAUUUAUUCUAAUCAUGAAAUUAAUAAAAAAUUAAGAAAAAUUUAACAAAAAAUUAAAUAACAAAAGAAAAUUGUGAAACAAAAGGACCCAAUGAGAUAAUCUUGUCAUUGUAAAAAUAAAAUGAAUUAAUAAAAAUAAAUAAAUAAAAAAAAUUUUCAACU